CAGAGAAUGAGGUGGCGUGAUAAGGGAAAUGUCAUCACAUCUUCUGUGCCAUCACUUGCAGCAGAAUAGGUGAUUACUCACGUCAUGCCCAUCUUACUUUAGAUCAUGGAUCCAGAUGCAUCCGUUAGGCGUUUCCAGGGAGUAUACCCUUUGGUUCUCGACUUACCUGUGUGAACCAAUUCUAUCCAUGCCCACAUUUUUUUCCACAUCGUAUUCUCAUUUCAUCACACCCUCUUCAUGUCACUUUGGUUCGGUUCCACGGCCAUGGCUCCACGGGCGCGUAGCACUAGGUCGAAUAAGCGCUUUGCUGAUAAUCAUGAAUAUAUGAUCGAAAAAAUCCAACAGCGAUGGGGCAUUGAACCCGCACAGCUGUUCUCGCCGGGAUCUUGCCAACACCCCAGAGUCUGGACUUUAACACUCCUCGCUGACUUGGUCAGGCUCGCUGAAAUUGCUCCUCUCGAACAAGUCACCAAGAUCUUCGAGAGAGGCAGAGGCCCAAUUACAAAAGAAGUCAUCACGUCCGCUGUCGCAGAAUGUCUGCGUACCGGACCACAUGCUACCCCUGAAUCUGGACAACCGAAUUCACCCAGUAUUCCGGCAUCCAAUGCACAUGAGACUGUGUAUGUGCGGAGCGAGCCAAGGGCCUCGACCACGACAUUCACUCCGGCCGAUAGAACUGCGCAACAAUCCUGCCCACAAACCUCUGACGCUCUGUUUCCGCCUAUCCCCUUUGCACUUCUUAAUGGGUGCAACGGCCUGAGUAGCAAGCGGCGAAAGCUGGACGAGCAUGGCGACAGUGAACGCCUCGAAGUCUCAGCGUCAGCUAGUUCGGGAGGUGAACGACCCAACACACCCCAAUGUAGCACAAACACGCCACUAGCAGUGGAAAGAGCACCUCAACUAGCAAGGGACAUCGGUGUGCUCAUAUCAGGGCAAUGCCAGGACCUCGACACACAGUACAACCAACAGCGUCACCAAGUUGAACAGACCUCUCGUCGUCUCGAAGCCAUGCGCACAGAGGAAACAAGACUCCUCGAACAGCGCAAGGAAUUGAAACACGAAGAGGACUCCACGAUGGCAGACAUCUCAGCAUUUGAGGAGAUAGUGCGAUCAAAGCAGGAAGUCGAGGACAAGGAUGACCAACUCGUGCAGCAGAAAGAGCGGCUGGAAGCGUCUCGUAAAGCGCGGAAGUCGGGUACGACGCCGCCCAGCGUUGAGACAUCGCCAUGUCAGCAAGAGUCGGAAGUGAAGGAAUCACGGAAUUGGUCUCUUCAGCUGGCGGAUUGGGAGAGUCAGCUCACGACGAUAACGGGCCAGAGGAUAGCAAUUGAGAGUCAUUUGCAUAUAAUGAAUGGCAGCAUCGCCACUGCUGAAGAACAGCUUGAGGAGGAGAAGGAGACCGUCGCGCGGACAGGAAAAGUGGUGACGAUUUGGAAUAGCUUGUCGGCGUUUCUUGCAGAAUCUGGUGCUCUUGACACAUGAAGCUUACUCAACUUAGGUAGUAAAGCGAAGUAUACAUCGAUAUAUUUCUGGACCAGAUAUGCAUAAGUUAGGUGGUUCAAUUUCAGCCAGUUACCCAGCUACCUUGUGAGAUACACUAUGUAUAAGAAAAUAGAAAUUGAACAGAAACCAGCUCAUAGCUCAUAGCUCAU